AUGGCGUCUUUCUCCGACUCACCUCUGGAAGUUAUUGCAGAGAUAAUCGACGCUCUCCAGGAUGACACUGCCGCCUUGGAGGCAUGCUCUCAGACCUGCUCAUUGCUUCUACCAUUGUGUCGCAAACACAUCUUUCGAUCCAUCCGCAUCACUGCUCGUUCAUACCCACAAACAAGCCUUCCACGCGUCAUCAAAUUAUUCGGAAUUCUUCUCAGCAACAAUCCAGGAAUCUCAGAUUUGGUUCGGAAUCUCGUAUUCCACAUCUGUUCGCCUGACAGUGAAGAUGAUGAUGUGCCCCGGGUACUUGGAAGGCUUCAUCAUCUUCAAUCUUUCCAGCUGGGAGUUGGUGACCCUAUAACAGUAAAGUGGAAUGCAUUACGCCAACCGUUUCGAGACGCCUUGAUCCGUUUAAUCCAAUUGCCCUCUGUGUCCCGCUUGGACAUAUCAUACAUCUAUGAUUUCCCAAUCACCGUAUUUUUUCCUUGCAUGAAUCUAGCCGACCUCACCUUGGCCUGCAUCACAAGAGCUCCUACGGCAGUGAGCUAUGACAAAGAUUCUUCUGCACUAGAAGCUGCACCACAGCUUCAGUCAUUUGCUUUCUGUCAGGACUUCGGUUCGUACGCAAUGCACCUGUUCAACACCAGACGUCCCAAUGGCGUUCCUGUGCUAGACUUCAGUAGAGUUCGAACGUUGAGCGUCGAGGCGGAUGGAGAGCAAGACUUGAUGACAAUCCAAGCAUUGAUCAGGGCUACAAAGCGGCUUGAAACUCUAAGAUACACAACUGAAAUAACCCAAGGAUACACAGCUUUCGCCGCAUCGAUGAACGCAUCAUCUCUCUCAACGUUGAGGACAUUGCACCUUCAGCACGACAUCGAAGAUGACAUUCAAGACCCCUUGUGCGGAAUCUGCGAGGAAUUGAGCAUUGUUUCGGGGCGCAACGUAAUUGAAGAAAUAUUCCUGGAAGUCAUCGUUCAAACCGACUCUCAGUAUAAAACCGGAAGUGAAUGGGGAGGAUUGGAUGCUGUACUCUCGCGUGGUUUCCCCAAGCUUCGCAACGUUUCACUCAACAUCACAAUCUGUCAUUUCGCAUUACAUGUCCGUGCAGGCGCCUUAAAGGAACAGGUAAACGAGAUUCCGAGGAAGUACUUUCCGUGGCUGUCUAGCAACAUACAAGUAACAUUCAAAUUUUCCACCAGCCUGUAUUGUGUUUGA